AUGGUUGGCAAGGUGUCCGAGAGAGUUCUCCUGAGGGAGGGCCUGGAGCGAACUGACAAUGGCAUGAAGCUGACGACCUGGCCGGACGUCGCUCCCAUUAACCAGAAGAACUACUAUACCGACUACAUGAAGCGGGAUGACCAAGUUUUAGCUUUGCGACUUCAAAACGAUGCAACGCGCGACCGGCUUGUUCAAGGUGCCAGAGACCGCGAUCGGCUACUAUCAAAACCCGCGAAUGGCGAAUUGCCUCUUCCCGUUCCUGAUCUGGCUGAGGACGAUGGUGCUGCGACUCCUGCUGGCGGGGACGAACCCUCUCGAAUCAUUGUCAUCCAUCCCGGCAGCCAGAAUCUUCGCAUUGGUUUCGCCAGCGACGCCCUCCCCAGAACCAUCCCGACUACUUUGGCGAGCAAGUUCCCCCAAACAGAGUCCGAAAUGUAUGAGGCCCUGCCCCGGCGACAAUUUGAAGCCAAGACUACCGAUCAGCAAUAUGGCGAGGAAUGGUCCAAGAAGUAUUCAAAAAUGUGCAGCGACUUGAAGUCGGAGAUGCGCGCCAACAAGAGAAAAGUUUUGCCAAAUUCCAAGGAAUUAGUCCAGACCUUCAAUCGCCGGACAGAACCCGAGAUUAUUGAAAAGCACAACGACCCUCUGGAGAUAGAGUGGACCGACGUCAAGAGCCUCGAGGACCCCGAAUCACUAGCUUCUUGCUUCAUUGGUAAUGAUGCUCUCCGUGUGCCCGACGAUUCAGAUCCCAAAUUCAAACUCUGGUGGCCAUUGCGAUGCGGGUGGUGGAACGAGGACGAAUAUUCUAGCCAGGAGCAUCUAUACGAUGACUUCGAGACGCUGCUGGACAAGGCACUACGAACAGAGCUUGGCUUGACCACGAAUAGUGAAUGGCAACAAUACAGCUGCGUGUUUGUUAUUCCUGAUCUUUAUGACAAAAAGUAUGUUGAGCAAAUUUUGCGAUCAUGCAUGGUAUGGUUCGAGUUCAACAAGGUUUGCUUUGUUCAAGAGAGCAUGGCGGCAACCUUUGGCGCUGGAUACACCCAGGCUUGUGUGGUAGACGUUGGCGCACAAAAGACGUCGGUUACUUGCGUUGAAGACGGCCUCUGCAUUGAAGACUCGAGAAUCAACAUGAAGUAUGGUGGAUACGACAUUACCGAGACUUUUAUGAAGAUGAUGCUCUACGACAACUUCCCGUACCAAGAAAUCAACUUACGAAGGCGAUACGACUUCCUUUUGGCCGAGGAGUUGAAAAUCAAACACUGCACAAUGUCCCAGGCAGACAUUUCUGUGCAGGUGAACAACUUCCACGUCCGAGCCCCUAACCAAUCUACACGGAAAUACACGUUCAAGACGUAUGAUGAAGUCAUUUUAUCGCCCAUGGGCGUAUUCGACCCGUCAAUAUUUGACAACAGUACCAAGCUUCGGGGACGACGGAAGCUUGUUGAGCGCUCAUGUAAUGCCUAUGAUAUCGAAAUUCCCGAUGACCCGACCUCCGCCGCCCAGCUUGCCAUCUUGGCCUUGCUCAAGCCUUCAAUCAUGGCUACUACGAAUGGCCCGUCACAGUCGCAACCAGAAGUUUCCACACCUAGCAAGGAACGGGCUCAGCCAUUCAACUUCCUCGGCAAAGGUGAUAUCGGAGCUAAUGGCACGCCUGGUGGUUCCCAUGCCGGGUCCCCAGCACCAGAAGGAAAUGGAACACCAGCACCAUACAUCUUCGGGGCUGGGAAAGAGGCUCUGAAUGGUGACAGUCCCGCCCCGAGCGGCUCUCGAGCCGCCGGCACACCGGUGCCUGGACAACAGUCUCAAGCGUCGCAGGCCCCUGCUGGCAUGUUUGUCGAAUCCAACACUCGAACUCCCAAUGAUAUUGCGGUUGAAAGAGAGAGCAUUCUGCCCAUGGCGCCUCUAGAUAUUGCGAUUCUGACCAGUAUCCAAAACGCCGCCAAGGGAGAGGACAAGAAACUGCGCGACUUGUUGGGCAGUAUCAUGGUUAUUGGAGGCGGUUCAAAGAUUCCCCAAUUCACGGUUGUCUUGGAAGAGAAGAUCAAAGCUCGACGACCAGACUUGUACGACAGGAUCCUGGUAAGUAGGAGUGCUAGGGACAUGGAUGAGCAGGUUGUCGCGUGGAAGGGGGCUAGCGUGUUUGCCAAACUCUCAACGAACGACUCAUGGAUUACCCCAUUUGAAUUCGAGCGGUUGGGGGCGCGGACACUCCAUCACAAGGUGCUUUGGGCUUGGUAG